GAGUGAUUCCGUCCUGCGCGGCUGUUCCUUGGAGCAGUACUCGUUUAUCUCCGUCCGCCUUCUCCCCCACCUAAGUGCGUGCCACCACCUCAUGGAAGAUUCGAUGGACAUGGACAUGAGCCCCUUGAGGCCUCAGAACUAUCUUUUCGGUUGUGAACUAAAGGCCGACAAAGAUUAUCACUUUAAGGUGGAUAAUGAUGAAAAUGAGCACCAGUUAUCUUUAAGAACGGUCAGUUUAGGGGCUGGUGCAAAGGAUGAGUUGCACAUUGUUGAAGCAGAGGCAAUGAAUUAUGAAGGCAGUCCAAUUAAAGUAACACUGGCAACUUUGAAAAUGUCUGUACAGCCAACGGUUUCUCUUGGGGGCUUUGAAAUAACACCACCGGUGGUCUUACGGUUGAAGUGUGGUUCAGGGCCUGUGCAUAUUAGUGGGCAGCACUUAGUAGCUGUGGAAGAAGAUGCAGAGUCAGAAUAUGAAGAGGAGGAGGAUGUGAAACUCUUAAGUAUGUCUGGAAAGCGAUCUGCUCCUGGAAGUGGAAGCAAAGUUCCACAGAAAAAAGUAAAACUUGCUGCUGAUGAAGAUGAAGAUGAUGAUGAUGAUGAUGAAGACGAUGAUGAUGAAGAAGAUGAUGAUGAUGAUGAUGAUUUUGAUGAUGAGGAAACUGAAGAAAAAGCUCCAGUGAAGAAAUCUGUGCGAGACACUCCAGCCAAAAAUGCACAAAAAUCAAACCAGAAUGGAAAGGAUUCAAAACCAUCAACACCGAGAUCAAAAGGUCAAGAAUCCUUCAAAAAACAGGAAAAAACUAAAACACCAAAAGGACCUAGUUCUGUAGAAGACAUUAAGGCAAAAAUGCAAGCAAGUAUAGAAAAAGCGCAUUGAACAUUCCUGGGCACUACUGGUAAAUUAAGCCCAAAGAUGGGGAGAGAGGAAAAGGAGAGACAAAUGUAGUCCAUACUGAGUAUCAUCAACAAUCCAGACUGAAGUCUUCUAUUUUAAUCUCAAUCCCCCUUUCCUGAUUUGCUACCCACGCCCCCUUCCAGGCUGGAAACAAUCUCACUUUGAUUUCCUAAAGCACUCUCUUUUUGACUGUGAAUGAUACUUGCGUAUGCUUUCCAUUACCUGUGCACUUGCCUCACCUCUUUGACGAUGUUUUAAAUUACCUUUGUAUCUCCCUAGCUGCUCAAUAAAUAUUUGAAUGAC